AUGGCUCCACGCAAUGCUCCUCUCCCGAAUGCCGUCAACAUUUUCAACUGCACCCUCUGUAGCAAAGGCUACCCUCGCCAAAUCGACUAUGAUAACCAUCUCCGCUCUUAUGACCACAACCACCGCGCCCGCCUCAAUGAAAUGUCAAAGCUGACGGCCGCUCACGAGGGCGAAAGCAGCCGUCCCAAGAAAAGUGUCAUCGACAUGCGCAGUCUGCCAACCAAUGACUCCGGAAAGGUAGCCCUGGGAUCUCGGUUCACAAAGAUUGGAGGAACUGGCGCCGCAGGUGGUGGCAGCAGGUUCAAGAAAGUUGGAGUGGCCGUGAACGACAGCCGAAGUGGACAAACGGAUGAUGCGACUGCACCCGCUGAGAUCAUCAAAGAAGCUGCCAAAUCGGUAGAGCCCACGACUACCGACGCGAUCAAGGUUGCUCCAGCUUCUACCGUCGCUCCAGCUGCUGACCACGUGAUCAUCAAGCAGGCAGGCAUACCACCACAAGAUGGCGAUCUGGUUAUGGUUGAUGCGGAGGAAGAGGAGGAGGAGGAUGAUGAAGUCAUCGACUGGGAAGAGUAUGAUGUCACCAAACCUACGGGCUGUGACCACGCAACCUGCCCAGGCUGCCCCUCGACUAAAACUGAAGUCGAUGAGGACGGAUGGUUGAUUCUGGGCUCAGCUUAA